AUGGUAUUUGUUCCAAGGAAACUGAAAAUGUUUAUACAUGAAAGAAUAUAUCGGUUAGAAAAUGAAUCGAGAAAACGGCGAGGAAAACAUCGUUUAACGUUUACAAAUGCACAAAUGGAACGUUUAAAAUUACUAGUUGAAUGGAGAUUUAGAUUUGGGUUUGAUAAUGAUGUAAAUGAAUAUUCUAUUGUGCCAAAUGAGGUUUUAUUUACUGUUAUUAAAGAGGAAUACAGUUCAACACAAGUAGUUGAAAAAGUUUUUAAGAAACAACGUUUAAGAAUAAAUAGUUUGGUAAAACAUGCUAUUCAAAAUAUGGUCGAUAUUACGUUGCCACAACGAGAUUCAUUUUCAACCACGUCGGAAUGCUCUCCGGUUCAAUUUGUCUUGCGGCAGAGUCCGCUUAAGACGGAACAACCGACAUGUCAAGUAUCACCUUUGAUUUCAACAGAUGAAAGAAGAGGCAAUAUUGCUAAAUUUAGCAUACAAACAAGAAACAGUGAUAUUUUUGUUUGUAAUAUAUGGUAUAGAACUAAAACAAGUACAAUACGAAAAAUGUUCAAAAAACUAGGUGGUGAUGGUGGGGGUAGUGUAUCGAUUAAAAUGAUGUAUGAGAAAAUAAAUGAAAAACGAAUAUUUAGUAGCAUGGCAUUUGUAUCUUAUAUUAAUCGAAAAAGUGUUGAAACAUUGGUGACAUAUUAUGCAACUAAUCCAAUUUAUAUUGAUAAAAGACGAAUUAAAAUUAAAAGAAUGUUGCAAGAUGUUUCAUUAGAAGAAAAAUUAAUAACGAAAAAAGUUCAAGUUGAUUGA